AUGUCAACUGAAACUGCUUUAUCAUACGCUGCUUUAAUCUUGGCUGAUUCCGAUAUUGAAAUCACUUCCGAAAAAUUGUUGACCUUGACCAAGGGUGCUAACGUCGAAGUUGAAGGUAUCUGGGCUGACUUGUUCUCCAAGGCCUUAGAAGGAAAAGACUUGAAGGAAUUCUUCUUCAACUUCUCCGCUGCUCCAGCUGCUGGUGCUGCUGCUGGUGCUGCUGCUGGUGGUGACGCUGCCGCCGCAGGUGGUGAAGCUGCUGCUGAAGAAAAGAAGGAGGAAGAAGCCAAGGAAGAAUCUGAUGAUGACAUGGGUUUCGGUUUAUUCGAUUAA